AUGGCGUUCAGCUCAUCAGUUCUGCUCAUCCUGACGCUCUUCCACGGUCUCCAAGCUGAGAAGGUGGUCUGCGAUGGCAUCAUCUUCAACCACGUGUAUUUUGACAGGGAACUCCUCGUGAACAACCUCGGGAGACCAUACAACCUGGUCAUGCACAAGUUCUCGGGGCUGUUGUUUUUUAGCCACACGGUGCAAAACGGGACCCACGCAGACUUCCUGAUCACAACCUGCCACAUCGAUAAGCGUACUUGUUCCAACGUGAGCGGAGUUCCCGGAGGAUAUGCCAUCGCUUACGACGCCGGCAACGACGACAUAUACUUAGGAGGCCACGACGGCAUCUACAAGUAUAACUUUCUCACCAAAUCAGCGGACUUCUUCGCCGAAGAAGGCAAAAGCAUAUGGGGAUUAUUCGUCAGAAGAAAUUUCUACUACAUCGAGUACCCAACGCAAAAACUUAGAGUGUACCAAGACGAUGAGUUCUUGCCUGUUGCUGAGGCUAUUAAUAUAGAAGUCGACCAUUUCUUCAUUUCGAAACACAUGGAUAUUUAUUUCUCCAACAGAACAGCUUUGUACAAAGUUGAAAAGCCGAAGAAAGAAGCUAUAGUUUUAAGCGAUGAAGUAGUGAUUCGACAAAUAGUUGAAGACAGCUAUGGUGACACAUAUUUUUGUACCAGCGAUGGCAUAUACAUUGAAGAUAAACCGUACCAUAGAAUCAAAAAAGUGGCGCACAUAGUCCAAGCUUUUGGCCUGACUUUCGAUGAGCAUGAUCAGAUAGUGUAUUCCGAUCGAAAUGCAAUUUAUAGAUUAAAACCAAGUAAAGUUGGUCCGUUAUGUUAUGAGGUUUUAACUAACCCUGCUGAAAGAGAAGAUUUGGAAAGAAUUAAAGAUACUCUUAUUAGUUAA